CUGGAUGCAAUCAAUGACGACGCAAUGCUGUACAAUGAGCGCUUCUUUUUCACUGAAAUGAAAGCGAUGCAGAGCAACCUAGUUGAAGCCCUUCGCAAAGGAUUGCCGUAUCCGAUAAUCACCGUCAUUGAAUACAUGAGCGUUGACAAAGCCGGGUUCUUAUGGGGAAGGGGGUAUCGUCUAGCUGGCUACUACACGAAUAUGCUCUUAUGGUUAUCUUUUUCAUUGUGGAUCGCACAGCUGUUCGUACUUUGUUUGCUGCCCCGUUACUUUUCCCGUGCUCUGGUGUUGGUUGGUGCUACGUUGCUGCUGACGGAUGCCGUUUAUAUGCUUUCCUGUCCAAAAAAUUUGGCUGUUCCUUUCCUCGGCUUAGAUGGCACGCACAGCAAACUGGAAUUCAAAUUUGGAUGGUGCUUCUGGUUAAUUUUAGCCGCAGGUACUCAGCUGACUUAUUCACAUUUUGACGCCUUUAAGAUGAACUUUUACGAUGAAUACCAAACAGAUAUGUACACUGGAAAUUUGAGACUACGAAACAACCUCAUAGCAGGAAUUCUUACCAUAAAAUCAUUGAAACGAUUACUCAUGAUAGAACAUUACAGAGAUCAAUUCAUAAAAUAUAAUUGGUUUAGUGGCACGAAACGUCUUAUGGCAAAAUUUGCAGUUUCAAUGCUCAUGGAUCCUGACUAA